CAUUUAUCUCCCUUUAAAUUCAAUCUUAGUCCUUGCAUCAAUCACUCACAAUCUCAUUUCUCAUCACAAAAUUUCAAUCUCUCUCAGAAAUUUUUAGCUCAAUUUUUAAGCUUUUUUCCUCACUCUUUUGCAGCUUCAAUGGCAACAAAGGAGGUUAAUAAGCCUCAGUCACUUCCUCCUUACCCUGAGUUGAUACUGAAGGCUCUUGAUGAACUGAAUGAACCAAAUGGAUCAAACAAAUCAGCAAUAUCAAACCACAUAGAAUCAAUUUACGGUGAGCUACCAGAAGGCCAUGCAGUUGUUCUUGCGUAUCAUCUGAACCAGAUGAAAGACAACGGUGAGCUUGUUUUUGCAAAGAACAACUACUCAAGGCCGGAUCCAAGUGCUCCACCAAAGAGAGGACGUGGUAGGCCUCCAAAGGCGAAGGAUCCAUUGGCCCCACCACCUUCAGCUGUUGUGUCCCCUCCAAGGCCGAGGGGUCGUCCACCUAAGGACCCUAAUGCACCCCCAAAGACCCCCAAGACUUCUGGAAGUGGUAGGCCAAGGGGUAGGCCGAAGAAGAUUGCAAGAACUGAGGAGGCUAGUGUUGAGACAUCAAGUCCUGUUAGUGUUGCUGCUGUGAAUGUUGAUGUUGUUGUUCCAUGUGUUGCUGCUGUUCCUACUUCGAGUGGGAGACCAAGGGGUAGGCCUCCUAAGGUGAAGCCUCAGAUGACACAAGUGAGUGUGUCAUAGAUGGAAGGGGGAAUGUUGAAGAUGGAGUAGUGAUGAUGUGUAGAACUAGAAGUGGGUGUGGUUUUAUAUUAGUUUAUUGUUACUGUUAUGUGUUGUGUUGUUAAUGUAAUUGCUUUGUAAAAUUUAUGUAGUGGUAGUUUAGUUUAUGAGAUGGUUGUUGGUGUUUCUAAUGUCAAUGAAGACAGUGACUUUGGGCUGA